UCUAUACAAAUCCCCCUCUCCCUGUCCAAUCUUUCUACGCUUCCAUUUCUCCUCUCCCUAUACCGAAUCUCGAUACUUCUUUCGUUGUAGAUUCACAGCCGCAGCCAUGAUUAUUUACAAGGACAUCAUCACCGACGACGAGAUCAUCUCGGACUCGUAUGACCUCAAGGAGGUCGACGGCAUCGUCUACGAGGCCGACUGCGCCAUGAUCACCGAGGGCGCCGUCCACGUCGACACCGGUGCCAAUGCUUCCGCCGAGGAGGCCGACGAGGGUGUUGAGGAUGCCGAGGUCAAGGUCAACAACAUCGUCCACUCUUUCCGUCUCCAGUCCACCAGCUUCGACAAGAAGGGCUACCUCGCCUACCUCAAGGGCUACAUGAAGGCUGUCAAGGCCGCCCUCCAGGCGAAGGGUGCCGACGCCGAGACCAUCACCGCCUUCGAGAAGGGUGCCCAGACCUACGUCAAGGAGAAGCUGCUGCCCAACUUCAAGGACUUUGAGUUCUACACUGGCGAGUCCAUGAACCCCGAUGGAAUGAUCGUCCUCCUCAACUACCGCGAGGAUGGUGUCACCCCCUACGUCAUUGUCUGGAAGCACGGUCUUACUGAGAUGAAGGUCUAAAUGCCGAGACAAAGUUACGAGUCCAAUCUUUUGCGUUCCACUCGGCGCAUGACAUAUAUACC